AUGUGCUCUUUGAUGUUCAUCAAGCUGAGAUACCAGUCUACUCUGUUACAGAAAGAUCUCCUUGGUGUGUACGAGCUCUCCACGAUGUCGACAAUACCUGUCGAGGUAGCCGAAGAGGCCCUCGAAAAGAAGGUCGAAGCGAUGAAGAUCGUCGAUGGGAACAAUAUGGAGGUCAAGAAGGAAACCACCGACGGCAAGAACGAACGUCGUGAGCGUAAGGUACAUUAA